AUGGUCGGCGUCCUUGCAACAGCUAUCAAUUUAUUCGGGUUUGGGUUCAGGCAGCCCAUUACUCUAGUCAAGUGGCCGGCGUCCCUACUACGGCUAUCGUUCGGGGGUUCUUUCAACCAGCCCAUCACUGGAGUCAAGUGGCCGGCGAACCUGCAACAGCUAUCGUUCGGGUCAAGAUUCAAGCAAUCGAUCACUGGAGUCGUGUGGCCGGCCUCCCUGCAACAGUUGUCGUUCGCGUCCGGAUUCGAGACACCCAUCGCUGAGGUUUCGUGGCCGGCCUCCCUGCAACAGCUAUCGUUCGAGAAAUUCUUUUAUCAACCAAUAACCGGUGUCAUGUGGCCGGCGUCCCCCCAACGACUAUCGUUCAGUUCAAUAUUCAAUCAACCCACGACCGGAGUCGUGUGGCCGGCGUCCCUGCUACAGCUAACGUUCGGGGACCACUUCGACCUACCUAUUGGGGGCGUCGUAUGGCCGGCGUCUCUGAAACAGCUAACGUUCGGGGAUGAUUCCGACCAACCUUUUGCCGGAGUCAUCUGGCCGGCGUCCCUGCAACUAUCGUUCGGGGCAUAUUUCGACCAACCGAUCGCUGAGGUUGUGUGGCCGGCCUCCCUUCAAAGUGUGACACAUGCGAGCGAAAGUGUGCUCUUCAGAGUUUGA